AUGCCCCGUUGCACACGCGUCACCUUAUUCCUUGCUCCGCGAUUAAACCGGCAACCCGAAGUCACGCUCGAGCCUCUGAAUGAGCCUGAGCUCGUCAAUCUUGAUGGACCACAAGAACUGAGCCCUAUCUGGUAUACUCCACCAGGUCCACCAUGCCCGUCAGAUACCGAUAUAAUUCCGCCCCAGUUGACACCGAUGGAAAUCAGGCGGAUAAGAUACAGAGUGAGAGGAAGACCGAGGGAAGGGUGCGAGGUGUCAGAAGAGGAACUCUCAGACAUGCUCGCCUCUACUAAUAUCAACACCCAAUCGGAGUCUGAGCUGGGAAGUCCGUUGUCGGAUGAUCCCUCAACAAGUAUGUCUGGGCCUGAAUACUCGCCACGGAACCUAUUGAACAAGACCGCUGUACCAGUUCAGCCGUCUUGGGAGGGUUCUGCGCGGAAGUUGAGCCAGAGCGGCAGCAGUGGGAGAGGUGAUUAA